AUGUUGAACGAUAGCACAUCUAGUAAUGUUAAUUAUCUCUCUUUCUCCUCUGAAGAUCUUGGUAGUGAGGACAGCUUCCACAGUACUUCCUCCUUUACUCCUCUAAACAAUCUCCUAUCAAACUGUUUCUCUAAUGAUUCCAAAAUAUUUAAUGCGGUUCAUAUCAAUGCGCAAAGUGUCCCAGCACAUUUUCCUGAUAUGUUAGCAACUUUUGAUUCCGUCAACAUGCACGCUUUACUUAUAUCCGAGUCUUGGUUCAAACCUUGUCUUCCUUCCUCCUGCUAUUCCCUUCCUGGUUAUAACCUGAUACGAAAUGAUCGGAUCGGCAAGGCUGGUGGCGGUGUCGCGAUUUAUUUAAGGUCCCAUCUCACUUACAAAAUUAUAAGCCUCUCCCCCCAGCCUCCACCCUCCGAUGCUGCCGAACAUCUUAUCAUUGAAGUUACCUUACGCCACACCAAGCUCCUGCUUGGUGUGUUCUAUAGCCCCUCCCUUUCCGUUAACUACUUUCACUCCUUUGAAUCCAUCCUUGAUCAACUAAUUCCUAUUUAUGAACACUCCCUAAUUAUGGGUGACUUUAACACCUGCAUCGUCAAAAACGAUUCCCGAGCCAAGACUCUUAAAACUAUUAUUGAGUCAGCGAAUUUACACCUUCUUCCUCUUAAUCCAACUCAUACUUUACCUAACUGCACUCCUUCACUUCUUGACCUCAUUAUUGUCUCCUCUCCUAACCUUGUCCUUCAGCAUGGUCAAUAUGCUGCCAAUGCCUUUUCCCAUCAUGACCUCAUCUAUAUCUCCUAUAAUAUCCGUCCUCCUAAACACAAACCCAAGAUCUCCUUGCGACGCAACUUUGCCGGAGUGGAUGUUGAUCGCUUGUGUCGUGAUGCUCAAGAUAUCGACUGGUCUAUCAUUUAUUCUCAGGACAAUGUUGAUACUAUGGUUGAACUAUUCUCAUCACUUGUUACCGAUCUGUACGACAAGCAUGCGCCACUUAGACCGGUAAAGCUAAAACACCUUCCAGCGCCUUGGUUAACGGAUGAUCUGAAAUCACUUUUGCAACAGAAGUCUAGAGCCAAAACCAAACUCAAACUAAAAUGUAACGACGCCAACAGGGAGAAGUACACUAAGAUUCGGAAUCGUUGUAAUACUUGUUGUAGAGAUGCACAAAGACGCCACAUUCACUCGUCGGUCGAGAACGGCGACCCUGCUAAAGUUUGGAAGUUCUUAAAAACCUUAGGAGUUGGCUGUAAAGAUCCCAAAGCUGAUUUCAAAAAUUUUAAUAUUGAAUUACUCAACCAAUUUUUUGCUGGAACUCCUCAUUUUGAUAACACUACUAAAGUUAUGACUAUUAACACUCUUUCUUCUAUUCCAACUCCUAAUUUUCCUCCGUUCUGUCUGAAUCAAUUUACUAGCAGUGAUGUUAAGAAGAAUAUCAUGUCUUUGUCAUCUAAUGCUUCCGGCUUCCGUCCUGGUCAUGGUACGACUACUGCUCUCACUAAAGUCACUGAUGACAUUAGAUUUGGCAUGGACAACAAGCAGCUCACAUUGCUUACGUUACUGGAUUUUAGUAACGCCUUCAGUUCCGUUGACUUCGAUGUCCUUUCAACUCUUGCUGAGUUGCCGAACGCUAUUCAAACAAUGAAUAAUGACUUGAACUCUGUCGUUGAGUGGAGCAACCAGUUCGGAUUGAAAGUCAAUCCACUAAAAACGCAAGUCAUCAUUGUUGGUAGCCCAUCGCUAAUCGCGAAGGUUGACUGGGUUUCGCUUCCUGCAGUUCAUUUGUGUGGCACUCAACUCCCCUACAGUAAAAUCGUCAAGGAUCUCGGCAUAUACAUUGACCAAACACUGUCUUGGGAUCCUCAAUUGAAAGAAUUCGUGCGGUUCAAUUAUGGAACUCUCUCCCCGCAAAUGUCAGAAGUGCUCAAAAUUUGA